CAGAGAGCAGUGGAAUUUGUAUUCACUGCAUAGCAGCUGUGAAUGGUUAUUUCAACAAGGCAGAAUCCACAUCGGGAUUGCAGAGUAAUUCCUGACAAGCCGUCACACUCAGACCCUGCUUUCGGCUGUCAGAACUGCUUAAAGGCUGCUGUGCAAACUAACUACUGUAUGUAAAAACCAGGGAUAUUAUCACUGGUGCCUGAUCAAAAAGCGGACUUAGAUGCAAAUCUAGUUUUACAGUCUUUACCGGAGCUACUGCUGAUGAAAUGGUCAUGGUGAAUGAAAAAGUGGCUCACCCUCAGGACCCUCACAAGCCCACAGAAAAGCCAGCCAUCCACUGUUUCAAAUGUGGAGACCCAUGUAAAGGACAAGUACUACGUGUCCAAUCAAGACAUUUCCACCUCAAAUGCUUCACUUGCAAAGUUUGUGGCUGUGACUUGGCCAAAGGUGGAUUUUUCAUGAAGAAUAGUGAUUAUCUUUGCACCUUGGACUACCAGCGGCUGUAUGGAACUCGCUGCCAGGGCUGCAGAGAGUUUGUGGAGGGAGAAGUCGUCACAGCAUUGGGAAAGACCUAUCAUCCCAAAUGCUUUGUUUGCUCCAUAUGCAAGCGCCCUUUCCCAGCAGGGGACCGUGUGACUUUUAAUGGAAGGGAUUGUCUGUGUGAGCACUGUGCCCAGCCAAAGUCUUUGAGUCCCAAAGAGCUUGUCAGUAACAGCAAUUGUGCAGGCUGUGGCAGAGACAUUAAAAAUGGACAAGCUUUACUGGCUCUUGAGAGACAGUGGCACCUGGGGUGUUUCAAGUGUAAAGCCUGUGGGAAUGUUCUUACUGGGGAGUACAUCAGCAAGGAUGGUGCUCCCUAUUGUGAGAAGGAUUAUCAGAGUCUAUUUGGUGUGAAAUGUGAAGACUGUGGCAAAUUCAUCACUGGAAAGGUCUUGGAGGCAGGAGACAAACAUUAUCAUCCGAGUUGUGCACGAUGCAGCAAAUGCAACCAGAUGUUUACAGAAGGGGAAGAAAUGUACCUGCAAGGCUCCACAGUUUGGCAUCCCGACUGUAAGAAGUCCACCAGGGCUGAAGAAAAACAAAGGCCCACACGAUCCUCUUCUGAAAGUAUUUCCUCCAGACCUGGUUCCAGCAUACCCAGCUCGCCUGGCCACACAAUUUAUGCAAAAGUCGACAAUGAGAUUCUUGACUACAAGGACCUGGCUGCCAUCCCCAAAGUUAAAGCUAUUUAUGACAUUGAACGGCCUGACCUGAUCACUUACGAGCCAUAUUUUGGCACCACCUUUGAGGAUAGACAUGAACGCCAUAGUAUGGGAGAGUCUCAAUACGCAAGGAGUGACAACGGCUCGCUUGUUCAAAGUGAAAUUUCGCCAAGGACACUUUCCCCUACACCUUCCACUGAGGGGUACCACGAUGUACGUGAUCGAAUGGUGCAUAGGUCCUCUAGCCAAAGCUCCAUCAGUUCUCCCAGCUACACUCGUCACUGCUAUACCCCUACUGUGCCUCGCUCUCCACAACACUUUCACCGACCUGCUCCUACAUUUUACAUAGGCACUGAGCCAUCCAGUGGUCGGAACUCCCCUCUCCCUAGUCGGUCCGAGAGCAGGCCUCUAACACCAUCUUAUGUUCAGGCCCCCAAACAUUUCCAUCUUCCAGACCAAGGGACUAAUAUUUAUAGAAAGCCUCCGAUCUACAAGCAAUAUGAUACAGCUGCAAUGGCAGCACAACUCAAGACAGGCGUGGAGAUCAUCAAGUCAUCCAAGUUCCCAGCUGCCCAGGCUCCAGAUCCUGAUCAAACUUCUGAGGUGGAGGCUGACUACUGGCCAGGUUCAGGUACUAUAGGAGCAGACAGGAGGCGGGGGAGUGAACGAGAAGAUGAGGAUGAGGAAAAACUCAGACGUCGACAACUCCAGGAGGAGCAACUCAGCAAAAUCCAGUCAGGCCUUGGGAAGCUGAUCCUGAAAGAAGAGUUGGAAAAGGAGAAGCAAGCCCGAUUAGCCUCUCAAACUCUCCAUGCCGACAUCCAGUUCAGACAUCGUUAUGAUUCAGCAGGGAAUGCAUCCCUGCACGCUUCUGCCUCCAAAACAUCUUCCCUUCCUGGCUAUGGAAGAAAUGGGCUGCAUAGGCCACAGUCCACAGAUUUCUCAGAAUAUGACAGCUACAGUGAUGUAGGAGAGGGUGUCAGAGAGACGCUGGUAUGUUGGUGUCAUUAUGAAGGUCAAAAAAUACCUUAAGCAUAAAAAGGAAAAGCUUACUUUUUAAUACUGUAAUGUUCAUAAUGUUUUGUGCAUACUAAAGAGAUGUAUAAACUCAUGUAAUAGCUGACUUCAAAUAAUCCAGGCAGCAGUUGAGAAUAUUUUGUAAUGAUUCUCAGCCUAA